UCAAACACCACUUCACUGCACUUCUCCAGCAUGAUCAAUUGCCAGCGCCAGGCCCUUCCGUAAACCCAGAAACUCCUCCAGUUCGACUACCGGCCAGAAAAGGGGGACAGGAAACGAACAUGUCCCGCGCGGCAAAGCUCACUCUGGCGGGCUCGUCCCUCUUCGCUAUUGCAACAGUUGCCUUUGUGCAUUACGCGCAGCAGAGCGAGAAGGCUGCAAUGCACGCAGGCGUUCUCCGAGACAUGGAGCAGCAGCGGAUCAAGAAAGAGCGCCAACUAGACUUCGAGAUGCAGCGCGCUUUGGAGGAGGAGUAUAGAAAGGUGCAACAUGUGCAUGAUGGCGGCGGCCUGGAGGUCGCAGAGAAGCGGCCAUCAUGAUACAUGUUGUUACGGGCCAUGGUCGACCUGGAUUGUACAUUAUAAUGGAGGUGUGGGAUUGUAUAUUAUGGGGGUAAAGCAUUGGGCGGCGUAUGACGGAUAUCAGGCCAUCAGAAGGAUGGAGCACUGCAAAGCAUAAACGGAGCAGAGUCUUGUAUCACUACGUCGGAAGGAAACCACAGCUCACAGAUCGCACUUAUUAUCUAUCUCAACUUCCCCACAAC